AUGAGCGACUCGAUGGAGACGUUGAAAACGAAAGAAUGGGAUGAAAUUCAGCAAGAGAAUGAUGACCCGGAAAUGCAAUUUGAUCCGAUAAUAACUCAGGGAAAUGACUUUGGCAAUCAGGGGAUGAUCGAAGAGAGUUUUGUGAUCGAACAUUAUCAGCAACCACAGAUUUUGAGCGUCGAGAGUUACGAAGAACCGAAUGAGAAUGUUUUUGAGGGAAAUUUUGAUAAUAGGGAGGAAGAGGAAGAGGAAGAGAAAGAGGAAGAGGAAGAGAUGGUUGAAGAUGAUGGGGAAGAACCGGAAGAAACCACUUCGGAUCAUGAAAACGAAACUUCUGCCGACCUUGAACAAAAUGUUCUUAAUGUGGAAGAAAAUGUACAAGAACAACAGAUGGAGAACUCUUCAAAGAUUGAGGGAAAUGAUGAAAACGAACCAAUUCAGACAAAAGAAGAGAACGCUGAGGCAAGCUUGAGCAAUCAAAUUUCACAGAUCGACCCUUCAAAUGUGUGUGUAGAGAAACCACCAAAACUUCAACAACUAAACGCAAACGUCGAGAAGAAACAAGCAACAGAAGAACAGACAAAAACGAAAUCUCAAAUUCGACCGCCACAAAUAAAGCCAAGUCCAGCAAAAACAAAAACCGCGCCCAAGGAGAAGACACCUAGCAACUCAAAGGCCGAGGCGGCCAGAAUGCCUACAUCUAGUUCGGCUCGAUCCAGCCGAUCACAGUCUCAGUCGAGAACACCGCUUUCUGGAACGCCGAGAAGCGGUGUGCCCAGCUUGCCAGCAACUCCGAAACUCAGUCAGAAGUAUCAAAAUGUGCAAAGCCGAGUCACCUCAAAAACAUCUCAUUCGCCCGGUGGUGGGAAUGUGCAAAUUUUUGAUGAAAAGCGUCGAUACAGUGCUUCGUCUAAAGUCGGCUCUUUACAAAACGUCAAUCACAAACCAGGUGGCGGCAAUGUGAAAGUAGAGACGGCAAAGUUGAACUUCAAAGAGAUUGCAAAGCCGCGUAUUGAGGCCCGAUCUGAGCAUGUGGCUGUACAAAGUGAAAAAAAGAUUGCCUCUCAAAAACUUCAAUGGAACGCUCAGAGUCGGAUUGGCUCCAUGGAAAACGCGACACACAAAGCUGGUGGCGGAAAUGUAAAGAUUUUCAACGAAAAAAUCGAUCUCACGAAAGCCGCGUCGCGGGUCGGCUCAAUGGAAAACGCGACACAUAAAGCAGGAGGUGGAAAUGUAAAGAUAUUCAAUCAAAAAGUCGACACCGCGAGUGCCACGUCGAAAGUCGGCUCUCUUGAAAAUGCUGCUCAUACACCUGGUGGCGGAAAUGUUUUGAUUGAGGAUCGUAAACUCGAUUUCUCGCGUAAUGCACGCUCAAAAAUCGCCUCAACUUCACCUGGCGGCUCUGCUGGCAUGUCGAGAGGAUCAAGUGAACGAUCGAUGCCGGGAGCAGUGGAUCCAUUAAGAGCUGAACAAAUUCUCGGACCUGCU